AUGCUGUCGUCCCCGACGGCGGCAGCGCGUCACGCGCUACGAUGUGGUGUUUCCACCAUCUCUGUGGCAUCAUCGUCUACCUCCAACACCGCGCCCCGUGGCCGAGCUAUUCACACGUCCAAGCAGCGGCCAAGUCCGCCCAUCCCGGCCGAUCAUCUCGCCAUCAAUAAUGGCCCCGCCGUUUUUGGCGCCACGACAACAACAGCAGCAGCGGCUCCCGGUCCAGGUAAACCGUCAGCACUCUCGGUCUUGCCGCUUUCGUCCAUCUUGCGCUCGCUUAUGGCCACAACCGUUUCAUCGUCGCCACUUCUUCUGGGCCCGUCCAUGGCCGUUAUGACGUUGCUUUCCCACAGCACAAACCCCUUACUGAACCCGGAUCGAAACUUCCUGCUGCGCUAUCUAUUGAAAAAAACCUUCUACGCUCAAUACUGUGCGGGCGAGAACGAGCGCGAGGUGCGGCAAACGGUUAACAACUUGAAGAGCAUCGGUUUCCGCGGUGUGAUUUUGGGAUACGCCAAGGAGGUUGUGCUCAAGGACGAAGAGAAGAAGAAUCUCGAUACGUUUGAUGGUUCAAACCGGCUUGAAGCCACGGCGAGCGAGAUCCGCUCGUGGGCCGAGGGCACUCUCGAGACAGUGCGGCUAACGUCGGCCGGCGACUUUGUGGCCCUCAAGUUCUCGGGCGCCGGCAUUCAGGCACUGCACAACCUAUCGAAACAGCUCCCUCCGUCGCCAGCGCUUGCCGAUGCCAUCGACCGCAUCUGCCAGCUGGCGGUUGAGCGCAAGGUGCGUCUGCUGUUUGACGCUGAGCAGCAGGCUGUGCAGGCAGGCAUUGACGACUGGACCAUGACGUACAUGCGCAAGUACAAUACGCCCGAGCAAGCCUUUAUUUACGGUACAUAUCAGGCCUACCUCAAGGCCACGGGCGCCGUUCUGUCACAGCACCUACGCAUGGCCCGUGAGGGCGGAUUCGCGCUGGGCGUCAAACUCGUACGAGGCGCGUACCUGGGCUCGGACCCGCGCCAUUUGAUCCACGACACUAAGGAGGACACCGACCGCGCAUACGAUGGCAUGGCGGAGGGGCUGCUGCGACGGGAGUGGACGGCACCUCUGGUGCCGGGAACGGGAACGAACGAUGAAGCAUUCCCGGUCGUGGGACUCGUGGUGGCGUCGCACAACGCGGCCAGCGUGGAGCAUGUACAGGCACUGCUGGUGUCGGGAAUGGCCAAGACGACGGACGUGGCCUUUGGGCAGCUGCAGGGCAUGGCCGACGAGAUCAGCUGCCGGCUGGUGCUGGACGACACGAUUGCGCAGCAGCAGCCGGACACAACGGUGCCGCCCCUUCAGGUGUACAAGUAUCUGGUGUGGGGCACGACGGGCGAGUGCAUGAAGUACCUGCUGCGGCGGGCGCACGAGAACCGGGACGCGGUGCGGCGGACCAAGUGCAGCAGGGACGCUAUGAUGGCGGAGUUGUUGCGGCGGUGCAAGGCUGUUUUUACACGGAGGGCCUAG